AUGGGUUUUGCCCUGGAGCGUUUCGCUGAAGCCGUGGACCCGGAUUUCGAGUGCAAGUUGUGCGGCCAGGUGCUGGAGGAGCCCCUGUGCACGCCUUGCGGCCACGUCUUCUGCGCCAGCUGCCUGCUGCCCUGGGCAGCGCGGAGGCGCCGGUGCCCGCUGCAGUGCCAGCUCCUGGCGCCGGGCGAACUGUACCGGGUGCUGCCUCUGCGCAGCCUCAUCCAGAAGCUGCGCAUCCAUUGCGAUUACCGCGCGCGCGGCUGCAGCCUCUCCGUCCCGCUGCGCGAGCUGGCCGCGCACGUCGAGCGCUGCGACUUUCGCCCUGGCCCCUGCCUCCAGGGCGGCGUCUCGGGACCCGGCGAUUGCCGCCGCGGGGACGUGCCCGCGCGGGAGGGCGGCGGAGCCCCGCCGGGAGACCGCAGGGGCGCGGGCGGGGGGCUGCCGGGCGGCGGCGGCGGGAGCGGGCCGGGGCCUGGCGUCCUCGCCUGGAGGCGGCGCGAGAAGGCGCUGCUGGCGCAGCUCUGGGUGCUGCAGGGCGAGGUGCAGCUCACGGUCCGCAGGUACCAGGAGAAGUUCGCUCAGUACAUGGCUCACGUCCGCAACUUCGCCAGGGACCUGGGCGGCGGCCACGGCCGGGGUGGAGAACAUAAGCCAUUCAUCAUUGUGUUAGAAAGAGAAAAUGACACCUUGGGAUUCAAUAUAAUAGGAGGGCGACCAAAUCAGAAUAAUCAGGAAAAAAAAUCAACAGAAGGAAUUUAUGUGUCAAAAAUUCUGGAAAAUGGACCUGCUGACAGAGCCGAUGGCCUGGAGAUUCAUGACAAAAUCAUUGAGGUCAACGGGAAGGAUCUGUCAAGGGCCACCCAUGAGGAGGCAGUGGAAGCCUUUCGCAAUGCCAAGGAGCCCAUUGUGGUCCAGGUGCUAAGGCGAACACCUCUCAGCAAGCCAGCCUACUUGACACCCCCCGAGGUGCAGCUCAUGAACGCCAGCACCCAGACGGACAUCACCUUCGAGCAUAUCAUGGCGCUGGCCAAGCUCAGGCCUCCCACUCCACCAGUGCCCGACAUCUGUCCCUUUCUGCUCUCAGACAGCUGCCAUUCUCUUCAUCCAAUGGAGCAUGAGUUUUAUGAAGACCAUGAGUAUCUUUCCAGUUUACCUGCUGAUGGAGACAGAACCGAAGACUUUGAAUAUGAGGAGGUCGAGUUAUGUCGUGUUAGCAGUCAAGAAAAGCUGGGCCUGACAGUCUGUUACCGAACAGAUGAUGAAGAAGACACUGGCAUUUAUGUCAGCGAGGUUGAUCCAAACAGCAUUGCUGCAAGAGAUGGCCGAAUUCGAGAAGGGGAUCGUAUUCUGCAAAUAAAUGGGGAAGAUGUCCAGAAUCGAGAAGAAGCAGUGGCAUUGCUGUCUAGUGAUGAGUGCAAAAGGAUUGUGCUGUUGGUUGCGAGGCCAGAGAUCCAGCUGGAUGAAGGCUGGCUGGAAGAUGAAAGGAAUGAGUUCUUAGAGGAGUUAAACUUGGAGAUGCUGGAAGAACAGCAUAAUGAAGCCACGCAGCACACGGCCAAGGAGGUGGAGCAGCCAAAAAAACAAGAAGAAGAAGAAGGUACCACAGACACAGCCACAUCCUCAUCCAAUAACCAUGAGAAGGACAGUGGUGUUGGGCGCACAGAUGAAAGCUUAAGAAACGAUGAGAGCUCAGAGCAAGAGAAUGCAGCUGAGGACCCCAACAGCACAUUUUUGAAGAGCAGGAGAGAACUGGGGCAGAGCCAAGACACGCUGGGAAGCAUUGAACUUCAGUGCAACGAGAGCUUCGUGUCUGGUGAAUGCCUAGACUCAGACUGCACUGGCCACCCAGACGAGGAGUGUGAAAGAUUCCGGCAGCUCUUGGAGCUCAAGUGCAAGAUUGGAAAUCAUGGCGAGUAUGACCUGUAUUACUCGAGCAGCACAAUUGAAUGCAAUCAGGGGGAACAGGAGGGAGUGGAACAUGAGCUGCAGUUGCUUAAUGAAGAGCUAAGAAACAUUGAACUUGAGUGUCAGAAUAUCAUGCAAGCUCACAGGCUCCAGAAAGUGACAGAGCAGUAUGGAGACAUCUGGGCGUUGCAUGAUGAAGGGUUCCGAAAUUAUAAUACCAGCAUGGAUAUGCAAAGGGGGAAACUCGAUGACAUCAUGGAACACCCAGAGAAGUCAGACAAGGACAGCUCUAGUGCUUACAACACAGCUGAAAGCUGCAGAAGCACCCCACUCACUUUGGACCGGUCCCCCGACAGUUCCCUUCCAAGAAUGAUCAACCUUACCAACAAGAAAAAUCUGAGAAGCACAGCUGCAGCCGAUCAGUCCUCUUCUGGACAGAGCAGCAAAGACUCCGCCUCCACCAAAGCCAAAACCACCGAACAAGGUUGCAUCAUGGCGUGCAAGGAGAAGAUACUGGAAAGCAAGCUGUCUGAUCAGGAGAAGGCAGGCAGCGAACACACCCCUUACCUCUCUCCCUACCACAGCUCCUCCUACAGAUUCGCCAACAUCCCGGCACACGCCCGCCACUAUCAGAGCUACAUGCAGCUCAUUCAACAGAAAUCGGCAGUCGAGUACGCGCAGAGUCAGCUCAGCUUGGUGAGCAUGUGCAAGGAGUCCCCUAAGUGCUCGGAGCCAAAGAUGGAGUGGAAGGUGAAGAUCAGAAGUGACGGUACCCGGUACAUCACCAAGAGGCCGGUGCGAGACCGCAUUCUGAAGGAGCGUGCCUUAAAGAUCAAGGAGGAGCGGAGCGGCAUGACCACCGACGACGACACCAUGAGUGAAAUGAAGAUGGGGCGCUACUGGAGCAAAGAAGAGAGGAAGCAACAUCUGGUGCGGGCGAAGGAGCAGCGGAGGCGCCGAGAGUUCAUGAUGCGGAGCCGGCUGGAGUGUCUCAAGGAAAGUCCCCAGAGUGGCAGCGAGGGCAAGAAGGAGAUCAACAUCCUCGAACUGAGUCACAAGAAGAUGAUGAAGAAGAGGAACAAGAAAAUCUUGGACAACUGGAUGACAAUCCAAGAACUGAUGACGCAUGGAGCUAAAUCUCCCGACGGCUCGCGGGUUCAUAACGCCUUCUUGUCAGUCACCACUGUAUGACCGGAUGCAAAUGAUUUUCAGAAGAUGCUACCAGUUUGGGUAGAGUAUGAUUGCCUCGUUAAAUGUGGCAUUUUUAUAUAUAUUUUGUGACUCUUUAUAGUUUAAAGUUUUUGUAAGCAAAAAUACUUGGUAAUUUUUUCAUUUGUUAUUCAUAUACUGGUACCUUCUUUUUGGCUGAAAUCUUCCUUUAACUUGUGAUAUAUUCAUAUUACUCAUUUAUAUAUAAAAAACAAACAUAAGAAAAGAAAAAAAAAGCUUGAAGGAAAAUACUGAGGAGUCAAUUAAUUUCCUAUUUUAAUGUAUCUAUUGUAAGUUAAGAUCUGGAUUUAUUUCUCUAGUUUACUUAUUUUCUACUUUAAUAACAACUCAAUGCCAAAACCUUUCUAUGCUUGCUUCUUGGUGGAAUAUGUAGUAAAUCAAACCUGUUAAUUAAUCCCGUGCUGCAUCUUGUCUUAUACAUAAAGCCACUUCUUUUAACAUCCUAUUGUACAUUGAACACUGAAAUGGCCAUUGUCUUUGUCUCAGUAAAGUGUAAGUGGACAAUCUUCUGUGAUAUGUGGUGACACAUUGGUCAUGUAGCUAGAUAAUUGUGGUAAUUGUGACAAUAAAAGAGAAAUAAAUUAUUGAUUAUCCUUAAGAAAUGUCAUCAAGGAGUGUUUUAUUUUCAUUGUCCACUGUGUUACCAGAUAUAAAUUAGUUACAUAUGUAUACUAUUUAGAAGACUCCUAUUUGUGGAUUAUAAAAUGUGUACAUUUUCUAUUCCUUUUUUUCAAUAAAAUUGUCUUGAAAUA